CGCGCGCAAACUGUGCGCUCCCCAACGCGCAUGAAGUGAUACGAAAGUGCAAAUUAAGAAAAAAUGGUCUGCAAAAUACUACCAAAAAUACAGAGCCCUACGCGGCGGCCGCCUAGCAGUGAUGCUCAGCAGGAUGCGAUGCCGGAGGUGGCUGAUUAUGAAACAGCUCUAGACAUUGCUGGAUACGGCCGCUUCAGUAGGAGCGUGCUGGGCGCGUGCGCAGUAUCGUUCUUUGCAUCAGGAGUUCAGAACUGCGUGAUGUCAUACGUCCUGCCUGCUGCCAGGUGUGAGCUCGAACUCACCACUUAUCAGGCUGGGCUGAUCAAUAUGGCGUUUAUGAGCGGUGGUGUAGCCAGUGCAUUCUUCUGGGGUAUAGUAGGCGACGUGUUUGGCAGAAGGAACGUGCUGAGCAUGACUCUCCUACUGGACGCUACCAUAACACUGGCACAGAGCGCUGUGGCUGACUACCGGUUACUGCUGGCUGCUAGAACUAUCAACGGAUUUGUGAUAGGUGGCCCUGCAACCCUGGUGUUCUCCUACCUGUCAGACCUCGUGGGACCUAAGAAGAGACAACUGUACCUGAGUGUGGUUGGCAUGAGUUUCAUAGUCGCCUGGCUGAUAUUACCAGCUAUCGCCUGGCUGGUAAUACCGUUCAAGAUGGCUGACUAUGAGACCUUACUCCCGAUCUACUCCUGGAGGUUAUUCCUAGCCCUCUCCAGUAUUCCAGGGUUUAUCUCAGGAGGGUGGGUUCUUGCCCUUCCGGAGAGUCCUAGAUUACUGUCUGAUACCAACAGGAGUGAGAAGGCAUUGAAGAUCAUGGCGUACAUUUACAAGACUAACCAUGGGACCAGUGCUGAAUUUAAGAUAAAAAAACUUAUCCAGGAUGAGGUAUUUGUGGGAAAGACCCUCAGCAGUGAAGAGAGUAGGACCAAGGUUCUAUUCUUGAGCGUCAUCAAAGACCUGAAAACCUUCGUCUCCAAGAGCUAUGCGGUGAAGUCCAGCCUGAUACUCUUUAUGUUCUUCGCUAAUAUGGCUGCUGGCUUUGGCCUAAACAUGUGGAUUCCAGAGCUUCUCCUCCGCAUCCAAGGCAGAGAGUGCAAGCUGACUGCAUCUACCGCUAAACCAGAAAACGCAAGGCUCUUUAACGCCACAACCCACUGGAAAGAUCUGAAGUAUGACUCAUAUGGCAAGGAGAUACCAGUUCCAGGGCUCAAUGACAGCAGCAAUUUUGAUGAUCAUUUCGGACAGGGAAUUCCUUGUGAUUCCACUAUCGAUUCGGAGGUAUUCACGUCAGGUCUGAUUGUUGGAGCUUGCUGUGUCCUUGGCAAUGCUGCAUGUGCCAUCCUCUGUGCUCGAGGAGGAGCUCUGGGAGUCCGUCGAGCAGCAAUAGCUUGCACAGCAGUCUGUGCCCUCGCUAGUGCCUGUUUAGCAGCCACUGCAUGUUCCUGCUCCAGUUUCAACAAAAUAGCAGUCGCAGCCGCUGCAGCGCUGAAUGCAGCAUCUCUCAAUGGAAAUGUGCUGUUGAUACGACUUCUACUGCAUGCUUUACCAGCGCGAUUGAGUGGUCUAGGAGUGUGCUGGGGAGCCUGGUGGGGUAGAGCUGGUGGCGUGGCCUCUAACCUAGCGGUAGGGGUGUUACUGGACUUCUCCUGUCCUGCGCCCUUCAUUGCAGUAGGGGCUUUACUUGCAUUAUCUAUUGGUGCCAUAAUGGUGAUAAAACUUGGAGAAGAAAGAGAAGAAACAAGUCAGAAGAAAGAAGAAGAACUUGACCACGGUCAGGAGAAGAAUACUGGACUAGACAGAUAUAUAUCCACGUAUAUGUAGUUCCUAGUAUAGUGUUGAGUCAAGACAAAGUUAAUUCAGUAACAUUUGGAGUAAAAGUAAUUCAAUUGGAGUCCAAACAAAAUGAUGGUUGUCCGUCCAGAAGAAUGAUAGAAUCGCUUGCUCUGAAUCUAACUUGGAUAAUGUAGCCAUUAUUAGUUUAUUUCUACCUUAGACUCUGGUAGUAAAGGUUAAUUUACAAACGAUACAUUAUUGUCAAGUUAGUAGGUAAAUACGAAGGCAUAUUUUGAUUAUUAUUUAGUAAAAAACUUAUCAUUACCUCCUUGGAAACCCCUUACGGCUCCCUUUUUAUAGAAAAGACCAAAAAAUUACAAGAAUAUGAUGAGAAUACCUACUAACUAUUAGCCCCUACCAAAAAUAAAUUUUUAACUGUAGUUUUAACUUUGGAACAAGGGGAAACUACUUAAAAGAGGUUUAAAAAUAAAACGUUGCCUUAUCUACUACGUACAUAGAUAAGUAACAUUAAAAUACUAUGUCUUAUUAUGUUUACGUAAAUAUAGACCUUAAUGCCUGUACAUAAGUUCUAUUGAAAGUUAAAUUGAAUGUAUGCAACUAUACAUAAUUCAUUUUGUAGGUAAAUUAGUUAUAACUGAAGUUAAAAUAAAAUUGGUAGUGAUUGACACUAUUUGAGAGCCAAUGGGAGUACUUAUACAUAUUUUGCAAUCUGAUUGGUCAGUGUUAAUGCCAAAAAACGGACACGUAUCCCAAAGUGAUAGAUUAAACAAAUGUUCUAAAAGUGUUUACAAACCAUGACAAUAUGUUCACAGGAUAUGUCGACAAAUGUGUAUUAAAAAUACAUAAAUAUCUAUAAAAUGUUUACAGAA